AUGAGGUCUGUAGGGCCCAAAUCUGGGCCGAGCAUCGCCGCCAGGUCGCGCCACCCCGCCGCCAACAAUGACGCCGCCGUCCAGCCGCCCGCCCGGCCGUGCCAGGGAACCCCGCCGCCACCCAGAAUCCUAUCCCUCGAUUGCCACACGGACGGCCACGAUAGUGUCAACUGUCAGCCGUGCGAUCCCAUCGCCGUCCGCUGCUGGUCCACUCGUCUAUCUCCCACGCAUACUCUUCUCCUUCCGCCUCCGCCCUCCUCAGCGUCGCAUGCUCGCCGCCGCCGCCGUGCCGCCCCUGCCGCCGCUCCCCCGCUCGUGCGCCUCGUGGGGACGGUGGAUCCCAUCCACUCCUUUCUCCUCCAGGGCUACGUUGGCAACAAAUCUGCUGUCUUUCCGUUGCAACUCCUUGGUUUUGAUGUGGAUCCGAUAAACUCUGUACAGUUUUCUAAUCAUACAGGAUAUCCAAAAUUUAGAGGACAGGUUCUCAAUGGCAAUCAGCUGUGGGAUCUUAUUGAAGGACUCGAGGAAAAUGAAUUAUUGCACUAUACACAUUUGUUAACAGGUUACAUCGGCUCUGUUUCCUUUUUAAAUACAGUGCUACAAGUCGUCGACAAAUUACGAUCAGUCAAUCCUGAUCUUAUAUACGUUUGCGACCCGGUUCUAGGUGAUGAAGGCAAACUAUAUGUUCCUCAGGAUUUAGUAUCUGUUUAUCAGGAGAAGGUCGUCCCAGUUGCUUCAAUGCUUACACCAAACCAAUUUGAAGUUGAACUACUCACAGGAUUAAGAAUUACUUCUGAACAAGAUGGCUUGAAAGCUUGCAAUACCCUGCACAGUGCUGGACCACGGAAGGUGAUAAUAACCAGUGCACUUAUUGAAGACAAGCUGCUCCUCAUCGGAAGUUACAAAAGAACAGAGGAACAACCGCCGGAACAAUUUAAGAUUGAGAUACCCAAGAUACCUGCAUAUUUCACGGGGACCGGAGAUUUAACAACUGCUCUUCUACUAGGAUGGAGCAAUAAAUACCCUGAUAACCUUGAGAAAGCGGCGGAACUGGCAGUAUCCAGUUUGCAGGCACUCCUAAGAAAGACAGUUGAAGACUAUAAAAGAGCAGGCUUUGACCCAUCAAGCAGCAGCUUAGAGAUCAGAUUGAUACAAAGCCAGGAUGAGAUCAGAAACCCGCAGGUCACGUGCAACGCCGUGAAGUAUAAAUGACCCCGUAGUAAUUCUGACAAGCAUCGCCACAAAAUUGAGGCCGUCAAACUGUUAUAAGGAGGAAUGGUUGUAAACAGAUAUUGGUCUCCUCGAAGCAUGCCGAGAUCUUCACUGUCAACAGGCACCGCAUAUUCGACACGGUUUCUGGCUUCAGUUUUGGGAAAGCCAUUUCUAGCUUGCCUUAGGUUCAAACCCUUGAAGGAUCCAAAUUAGGGAAAACAACAAUACGCCAUCAUGCUUUUGCUAUAAUUCGUCACUGUUAUUUGUGGCUGUGAGAAUGAAUUGUACAGAAGGUUUAGUUGCAUCUUUGAAGCUUUGUUGUGUUGGUGUUACAAUGAUUAAACAGCAUCUUAUUGAUGUGUUCUGUACCUACUCUUUAUUAAAUUAUGUGUUAACUCAUUGGUGACUAUUCAAGGAAUGAUCCAUACAGCAACU